AUGGCGACUUGUGAAGCUUUGAUAGACGCUGUGGAUUUGACUUUGUGUUCCAUAUGUCUGGAGAAGUUGAAGUCCCCACGACUGUUGCCGUGUUCUCAUUCUUUUUGUCAGCACUGUCUGUGUGCACAUAUUGUGUCAACGUGUGAACAAAAAGAUGUUCCAUUGGGAUUCCCUUGUCCUCUCUGUCGAGAGUUCAUUCCGUCACCAGGAAACCCAGAAGAAACCAUUAAAUGGGCAGAAAAGUUCCCCAUCAACGACGCCAUGGUUCUAUUGAUGAAUGAGUCUCAGGAUCACAAAUCUUGUUUCAAUAUAUUAGCGGUGGAAAAAGUUGUCAAGAAUAUGCAGAGGUUAGGGCAAAUGAAAUCUUUAGAGAAAGAAAUUGAGAAAAUGAAAGUAGAUUUAGAGAUUGCAAAACAGUCGCAGAAAGACAAUCUUGGAGCGUUAGAGGAUGAUUCUGAUGUGUUUACCAAAGAAGCAGAAGAGCUUCAUCAAAAGGUUUCGUCACACGUCAACAAAUUAUUUGAGGAACACUUUACAGAAAUAGCAAAGAACACAAAGGAAGCAAAACGAAAGUUGGAGAAAAACACAAUCGCGAAAUCUGACCGGCUUGAUUUCCUACAAUACUUGCUAAGGCUCUUAAAGUCUGCAAAUGGGACAUCAGACUCCGAAGAGACUAGACUAAAUUAUAUAUCGACUUUACAUAAAGUGAAAGAGAAUCUUGGAAAACUAUCAGAAUAUCCAUUGAAACCAGGUUAUUGGUCAGCCUACUUCAGCAUUUCAAGUGGACCCGAAUCCUUGGGAUAUCCUGUUGGAUGA